GCCACAGACAGGGAGAGUGUGGCCGUGGACUCCCCGGGCGCCAUAUUGUAUUAUACCCUCAUGUCCACUGCCUCCUGCCCAGUGCCUCAUCUCAGCACGAGGCCAACACCAAGGGGUCGCCAGCGGUACAGGGUCUGAAACCUCAUCAACGGUAAACGGCAACGGUAAAUGGUAAGGGAUGUGUCUCGUCCAGUCUGUACUGUCUGCACGGGUCACGCAGGCGUGGUGGGUCCAGGCACACGUACUACUCGUACUCGGCAGUUUGCCACUUGUCUAAAAGCAGAAAGGCAGAAAAAUCAUAAGGCUAAAUCAGUAAAAAUUACUUGUAUGUACUUGUUAUAGCUGGUAUAACGCCGUAUGGGUCCGUUAAGGCCGCCUCUGUAGGUUUAGAGAAACAACUUUAAACCUGGUGGUAACUCCAUUGACGAAGAAGUUUAUUUAGAGGUACAUAAAUGUUUUUACAGAUUGUGAACAUUAUUUACAAAAGGUCAUAUACAGAAAUAUUUACAAUGUUGAAGGCUUGGUGAAGCUAUGCAUGUAAGUGGCUUUGGACUCCAGUACAGAACAAAGGACCUCGUACCUGGACUCGAGCGCCGCCAUAAAACUGAGUACUUAAACUUGUACUUGGAUUCGUGAUACCGGAGUGGAAUCGUACUUGGACCCGAGUACGAAAAAAUGUCCUUGAACCCAAUCCUGUAGUGGUGGGCACAGGCCGGGGGCGGUGAGUCACAGGUCAGUGCACCGUGCAGGCAGAGAAUGUACAAGUGGCCGCGGUGUUUAUCUUGUCAGCACGACCAGCGAGUACUGCCAUCAUCAUCUUCCUCAUUUCUCCCUCCUCACUUCUCCUUCCUUCCUCUUCGUGAAGGGGCUAUGGGUCGUAUUUUAAAACAUUUCGUCGCCCAAGUUCACAUAUUUGACAUGGCUUUCGUAGGAGCUGUAGGCCUUUCCAGGGGUAGUUUUAUGACCCUGGUGGUAGUUUGACCCUUCCUCUGUGCCAUGAACCUUAAAAAACACUCAUGAAAAACAGGUUGAUCCCCUCUUUGACCUCUAGAAAUAGUUGAUGUGAGAAGCGAUGGUGUCUUAAAAUACGGCCCUAUUACACUGGGCAAAUUUUCCGUGGAUUUACCUGGCCUGGCAGCAUUAUGUCCAAGGUAAUUACCGACCAAAACUUUGAAGAGUUGUGUGAAGACAAAUUCUUCACGUCUAAGAAAAUAAAGUUGAUAAAAAGUUUGAGACUCGAUCACCAGACCACCGCCAGCUGCUGCAGGCGUGCAACGAACCUUGGUGAUGUUGUCAAGUAUUACGGCCGCUACUUUACUCUUAUCAUUAUUUCGAAACCACCAGUAGUGUAAAAAAUAUACGAUAAGGAUUUUUAUUACCAAUCAUCUUCCGUCUUCAGUAAAGGUAAGUUGCUUGCUGUCUUGGCCACACUUCCCUUGUAAUGAUUGUUCCCUGAGGACCUUUGUCGCUUGUGUUCCCUGCGGCAGACGUGAAUGCCUUGUUGACAUAGCCUUGUGCUCUGUGAGUCUCCUUCCUGUGCGACAAGGGACUCGGCCUGUACCCUGAGCAUGGGCACGGCACGGACAAUGUCUGAGGCCGACGGUCGGGGCGACGUGGCGGCGAGGACGUACGUGAUCCUCAACAGGCCGAGGAUCACGCCGGACGAGAUGACGGCCGGCAACGACGAGUGGGCCGAGACCUACGAGGAGACGCAAACCCGUGCAGUGUGGCCGUACCCUGAGACAGGCCCCGUGGAGGAGACCCGGAAGCGGUCCCUGGGGUACGCCACCCGUAAUCACCCCGCUCCCCCGUCCCCCCAGCAAAUGUUCGUUCAGGGCGGGUUCCGCGGCCCCGCCAUCACGCUGGAGGAGGCGCUGCGUCGCGUGCCCCCGGAGCGUCGGGCCAAGGUCAGGGUGCUGGACGUGGCCGCCGGGACGGGCUGCGUGGGCCGCGAACUCCACCGGGAAGGCUUCAGGCUCAUAGACGCUGUGGAGCCGUCAGAGGGCAUGACCAAGAAACUGCGGGAGUCUGGCGUCUAUACCAAUGACUUCAUGGAGUUUAUCGGCACCGGACAAUCCACCGUGCCCAGAGACACCUACGACCUGGUGGUCAUCUCGGGCGGUAUGGGGGAAGGUCACGUCCCAGUGGUUGGCCUCGACGACCUGGUGCGCGUCGCCAAGAACGGAGGCUUCGUAAUCAUUGUGAUGCGCCAUGAGUACCUCCAGACCGCGCCCUCCUACAAGGACAAGCUGGAGCCUUACAUGGACCAGCUGGAGGCGGACGGGAAGUGGAGGAAGGUGGAGCGUCGCAUCGUCCCAAACUUUUUCUUCGACAAGGAAGGUCUCGUCUACGUCUUCCGCGUCACAAAGCCUGAGUGAGGAGGAAGAGGAGGGAAGGGGAAGCAGAGAGAUGAGGAGGAGGAUCUAUACUGGUGCUGUGCCAAGG